AUGUCCUACGAUCCGUACAAGAUCCCCCGUGAGCUGGGGAUCUUGGAGGUGUCUGCAGAUCGAAGCAGAAAGAGCUCAUCGUCCCCGUGGGCUUGCCUGGAACUGGCCUCCACGACUACUCGCGGCGCCUACGUGAGUUCCCAUGCUCCCGUUGCACCAACGCCAUGGUCUCGUGCUUUGGCGCGUUUCUGCUGGCCUCGCUUUGCUGCGCGGCAGCCCUGCGGCAGGGCUUUACCGACUGCACUGGGGAGGACACCUCAGAUCACGGCUUGCGCCGCGCUUACAGGCGCUUGGCGCUGGAGAACCAUCCAGACAAGGGCGGAAGUAACGAGCUUACUUCGGACCUUACGGCUUUGCGUGACAACUUCCUGCGCGACCCUUUGCACUUCCAGGUCUUCAGGGCCACCUUUGCCGCUGAGCUGCUGGCCUUCGGCAACGGGCCUCGUGGUCGGCUGCGGCGUGCGAAUGCAAGCGCACUUGGGCCGUGCUUGGGUACAGCUGCAUGACGGCUGGCCGUACAUCCAGGUUGAACUCGACUUGGAUCAUGGUGGGCUGCUGCUCGAUGGGGGCAGCUGGACUUUCGCCUUUGGCUUGAAAAAUGCCAGCACCGUCCACUACCGUGGGGAUGAGCGGACUCGUGGCUACGACGUCUGCUGCGACUUCGUUCAGGAUUCGCAGUGCCAACGCCGGCCAGCGUCCAACAUCAGCGGGCCAGAGCCCAAAUGCCCCAAGGACUCUGCCACAGACUGUCAUGAAGGCAUCAGCAACAGCAACAGCUUGUACACCAUCUCCGACUGUCCUUUGCCGCCCUUGGUUACAGCCUCGGUCAGGAGGCCGCUCCAUCUGAACAUGACCGGCCAGUGGGGAGCAGCGCUUCAGGUCAAAGAUGCUUCCGGCGAGGAGGUUGCCUGCGUUGCUUUUGCCCUUGCGCACUCGAUGCAGCAGACGGAGCCGGCGACGGAGUCCACUCUGGCAGGCAGCCCAGGCGGUGCUAGUGGGCUCGGACUCGAUGGGGUCGGCACUGACAAUGCGACGCACCAGCGAGGUGCAUCGGAAGGGCCUCCAGAGGUGUCCUUCCAGCACAUUGGCAGCGGCCAGUUCUGUGAAGAUGGUGGGGACCUGCUCGAAGGUGCCCUGGACGACUACGGCGGUCUGUCUCCGUUUGGAGGUGCUCGAAGAGCGAGUGCCGAAAGCUCCAUGUUCUACGGCUCCAAGUGCCGUGAGCGGUGCCGGCGAAAAAUGAAUUGUCGAUUCUACACUGCCUACAGCAGUGGCUGGUGCCAGCUCUCCAGCCGCUGUGCAUUGGCUCGUGCUGGCGAUCCUUUGACGGAGAACCCAGAUGUUCUGGAGAUCGGUGACGGGAUGAUAGAAGAGUGGUGCUUGUCCAGCGGGCUCGAACGGAGUAGGGCACCUGGCCCUGAGCACUCCAGCGAUGAGCCGGAUCUGGAAGCCUUCGGAGAGUUCGACCCCGAGGCACGGCAAACGCUUGGAACCCUGCUUCGGCUGAGCGGCCGCAGCUGGGAGCCCAGUCACUACGGUUGA